AUGAAGUAUAUCUUCACUACUCUGUUACUGGUCUUCGCGACCCUGGCCCUGCCGACUGAUUUCUCGAGUCAGGAGUCCACCACUGCCGCGACUCAACAGGACGGUAUAGGUGUUGUUGUUGGUCUGCUUGAUGAUACCCUUGGCCUCGGUCGACGUGGAGAUCUAACUAGUAUCCAGUCGUCUGUCAAGCGUGACAAUCAAGACGCCCAAGAGGCUACUGCGAAAGACUUUGAAGGUCCUUUUGGUCCGGGCCUUCCGAAUGGUGUUGCAUUCUAG